CCUACAAAUCCCCGUUGUCCGGGCGGCCGGGAGGUAGCGGAUCCUGAGCCGUGGGAUGGAGGCGGCGGUGGGACAGCAGCGCUCUCUGCUCAGAGCCCUGGCCAGGCCCCGGCCCCAGGAGCGCCCCGGCUGCCCCCCGGACCCCUCCGCGAAGGCCGAGGCGCGGGUGCUGGUCAUCAACACGGGAGGCACCAUCGGCAUGGUGCAGGAUGUCAAGGGGCUUGCUCCAGAGGCCAAUAAAUUAGUAAACAGCUUGAAAGCAAUGCCGAUGCUGCACGAUGAGGCGUAUGCCCGGGAAACAAAACUGAGCGACUCCCAUGAAUUCCCAGAGAAUACGUUGGUGCUCCCUCUCUCUAAGCAAAACAAGAGAAUUUUUUACACAAUCCUUGAGCUCUCGCCACUGCUUGAUUCUUCCAACAUGACACCAGAGGACUGGGCCAAAAUUGCAAAGAAACUUGAGGAGCACUAUGAGAAAUACGAUGGUUUUGUGAUCCUGCAUGGUACUGAUACUAUGGCCUACACAGCUUCAGCCCUGUCCUUUAUGUGUGAGAACCUGGGAAAAACAAUUGUUCUGACAGGAUCUCAGGUGCCCAUUUAUGAGCUGCAGAAUGACGGCCGCGACAACCUUCUGGGGGCACUGCUGAUGGCUGGGCAAUUUGUGAUUCCUGAGGUGUGCCUGUAUUUUUAUAAUAAACUGUACAGGGGAAAUAGGGUGACUAAGGUGGAUGCUGGGAGUUUCAAUGCCUUUUCCUCACCUAACCUGCCUCCACUUGCAAAUGCUGAGGUUGAUAUUACAAUAAACUGGGAAACGGUUUGGAGACCCAAUACCAAAAAGAAAUUUCGAGUUCACACCAAUAUGAACAGCAAUGUUGCACUUCUGCGGAUCUUCCCAGGAAUCACUGCUGCUGCUGUAAAAGCAUUUCUUCAGCCUCCGAUUGAGGGCAUAGUACUGGAAACUUAUGGAAGUGGCAAUGCCCCAGACAAGAGAGAAGAUUUGCUGGAAGAACUGAGGAAAGCAGCUGAACGUCAAGUGGUGAUUCUGAACUGCACCCAGUGCUUGCGUGGGGCUGUUAAAACAGUCUAUGCAACAGGGCAGAUUCUUGCUGAUGUUGGAGUAAUUCCUGGUGGUGAUAUGACACCAGAGGCAGCCCUAACUAAACUGUCUUACACGCUCAGCAAGAGAAAGCUUAGCUGGGAGGAGAAGAAGCAGAUGCUGAGUGAGAAUCUAAGAGGAGAAAUGACUGUUGUACCCACAGGAGCCAAGAUCUCUUUGAGAGAUAGCAAGUUUAUUCAAGUGAUUGCCAAAUCUCUAAGUAUCAGCAGCAAGGAGGAGUUGGAAGCCGUACGAGAUGCAUUAGUUCCACCUUUGGCUUGUGCUGCAGCUAAACUGGGUGACGUAGAUGCACUAAGAGCCAUAGCAGAAAUGGGUGGAAAUCUGAGCUGUGGAGACUACGAUGGCCGAACUCCACUCCACAUUGCAGCCUCUGAAGGGCAUUUGCCCUUAGUCGAGUAUUUGUUGACGUCUGGCGCGACUGUUUAUGCCAGAGACAGAUAUGGAUCUACCCCACUGAUGAAUGCGAUCAAGUUCAGGCAUAUACCAGUGAUUAACUUGUUACGAGAAACAGGAGCACACCUUUCAAGCCAUGACUUGGAGGAUGUUGGAACAAUACUCUGCAGCCUUGCGGCUAAAGGUGAUAUGGAUGGGCUGUAUGCCUGGUACCUGGCUGGUGCAGACCUGGAGCAAACUGGUUAUGAUGGCAGGAAUCCCCUACAAGUAGCAGAGGCUACAGGACAGAAGGAGGUUCUUGACUUCCUUAGACAAAAACAAUAAGAAAGGGGCUGUGGAAGAUGGUCAUUCCUCAUCAGGAAUACCAGCUUGAAGCAUUAAUGAUGUUAAGCCAUUAUGGGAGGAAAAGAGGAAAUGAACAAUGGUAACGCUGCUUGAGGCAUACAGGAAAGCUACAGCUUAGAAAAAUUCUUUAUUUAGGAUUGCACUGAUUAUCUAAAAAUAAUUUGCUGCCUUUAUUUUUUAAUCACUUUUCUGGAAAGGAUUUUUUUUAGGCAAGUGAGGUUGGAAUGCAUGGCUGUUCCUGUUACAAGUUCUGAUUUUAAAGAGGCCUUUUGAAUGUUCUUACGUUAAACCUCUGAGGACAGUAUUGCAGGCAUAGCAAAUGGAAAUACUGUGGUGAAUUCAUACCAAGGAAAAACAGUGGAUUGUGCAUUUCUGGGUUUCAACUAAUAAAAUCUCUGAGGAACAAUGUUGA